AUGGGCGAAUAUCACCCCGAUCUCUUGCCCCGGCUACUGCCCACCUACUACAAGGAGCUCUUCCCGUUCAAGCCCUACACACGAUGGCUUUCCUAUGGGACCCGGCCCACCGAAAAGCUGGGCAUGCGCGAGUUUGCCUUCAUCUUCGAGGGCGACGCCCAUUUACGUUAUCGAAGCUUCGCGUGCGCGGCCGACUUUGAGCGCGAUCUGUGCAAGCUAAACCCGCACAAGCUCGACCUGGGCGCAAUGUACAAUUUCCCGCCCCGCGACCACAAGAUGCACGCCGAGUUCCGGCCCGUCGAGCGCGAGUUCGUGCUCGACAUCGAUUUGACGGACUAUGAGCGCGUGCGCACGUGUUGCACAGAAGCCACCGUCUGCGACAAGUGCUGGAAGUUCAUCGCGCUGGCCGUGAAAAUUCUGGACAAGCUGCUCGCCGAUGAUUUCGGCUUCAUGGCUCGGUUGUGGGUGUUCUCCGGGCGGCGUGGUGUCCAUUGCUGGGUGGCCGAUCCGGAGGCCCGGGCGAUGAACAACAAUCAACGCCAAGGCGUCGCCGAAUACCUGUCGAUGUUUGAGGGCACAAAAAUGAACGUGAAUUUCGGCUCGCGCAAGGUGGUGCCGAGCCCGCUGCACCCGAUGGUCGAGUCGGCCUACCGGACGGCGCUGGAUAGCGGCAUCUUCGAGCAAAUGGUACACGAACAGGGGUGGCUGAAAGACGCCCGGCUCAACUUUAUCGUGCACCAGUUUGAGGACGAGAAGAUGCGGGAGCAGAUCAAGACGAGCCUGCUGAAAGCGAAUGAAAAAGCCCGCUGGGAGUACCUGCUCACCAAGUUCGACGAGGAGGCCCGGCGAAAGUACAACGAGGCCAACCCGGAAUCGACGGUUGAGGCCCCGAAAGCCGCGAAAAACUUCCUGCGCUGGUUCGUCCUCUACCACAUCUACCCGCGCCUCGACGUGAACGUGUCGACAGGGAUGAACCACUUGCUGAAGUCGCCGUUCUGCAUCCACCCCAAGACCGGCAACGUGGCCGUCCCGCUGAACCCGGACGUUAUCACCGAGUUUGACGUCGGCAAGGCCCCGCGGAUUGACCAAAUUUGCACCCAACUCCGUGAAGCCGUCAAGUCGAACGAGACGCCGGAAGACCGGAAAGUUCUAGGAUACAAGCACACCUCGCUGCGGCCGUACGUCGAGAACUUUGAGCGCUUCAUCGAGCGCGCGAUGGCCAGCGAGAAGCGCGCCCGCCAGGAGCAGAAGCUGAAGGAGGAGGAGCUAAAGGCCGCGGCUACGGCUACCGACGUGAAGGCGCCGUUGCGGACGCAGAAU